GGUCAAUGCUGCAACUUUGUUGUGAAAUCUGUCAUUCAUCAUUCCACCUGUUGGACAGUGUUGUCUGCGGUCUUCAUGUCCGUUGUGUGUUCAUCAGGUAACGUGACACACCCAUUUGUGACUUCAGAGGAGCAGUCCAUUCUUAAUCGCUCUUUGUGUGGCAACUACUCUGAGACUUCGUCUUCUGUGUCUCUUACUUUAUAACAACAUACAGCUGUUUGACCAUGGAGAAGGGAAACCAACCCCCUCCUUACCCGGUGACCCCAGGGCCUGGAGCUGCGUACCCCCCACAACCAGGCACUGAAGCUGCAUACCCCCCACAAUACACCCCGUAUCCCCCACAGCCAGGUCCAGUUCAAGCUCCCCCUACUCAGUAUGGGAUGAACCAGCCACAGCUUGUACAGCCCCAGCUUGGCCAGCCAGUAGUGGUGACAAUGCUCUCCCAGUGUCUGACGGACGUCCCCGGCCAAGCGCACUGUCCCCACUGCCAGCAACAGGUCGUCACGGAGACCAGACAUAUCAGCGGCCUCCUCACCUGGCUCUUAUGCGGUGGCAUGUUCCUCUUCCUGUGCUGGCCCUGCUCGUUCAUCCCAUUCUGUGUAGACGGCUGCAAGGACGUGGAACACCGCUGUCCAAACUGUCACAACGUGAUCCACCUCUACAAACGCAUGUGAAGGACCCCCCCCCCCGCCCCAACCUCCUCUGUUAGCUGCUACUCUAUAUCUUUUCUACAAAUCACCACACCCUACAGGUUGAUACAUUCAAAUUUAGCACAGCUGGUGUAUGUGUUUACAAGAUGUAAAUGACCUUGUCCACCAUUUGAAUAACCAGUCCUUGAUCUGUUCGGCCACUAACCUGUACUGUGGUCAGGCCAGGAACUAUCAGUUUAUUACUUUGUGAAUGUGUUUGUGAAUGGGCAGCCUACAUUUUCAAAGUAAAUGACUGAAACGAUAUGCCCUCAUUUUAAAUAUUCUGCAUGUAUUGCAUGACCGUGAUUUCUCCUUGUCGUUGUGAUCACACAGCGCACACAGAGUAGACCACUAUAUUGGGCCUCUGUAUUUUUGCCCAUCACCCAUGUGAACAGGAGGGCAGUCAAGACAUUUGAAAGUCGAUGAUGAUCAGGCUACCUUGGUGGCACUCCUGACUCCUGGUUUGCACAC